UUUAAUAGUAUUUAUUAAAUAGUAUUUAAGCACUACCACAGAACAAUUUCUCAAUUGAAAUAACAAACCUACGCAAUGACGAAGAUCGUAGCCAUCGCGCUCUUAGCAUUGGGCCUGCUGGCCCUGGCAAACUCUCAGGGAACCCUGCUGGAAAUGUCUCAGCAACUCUGGACGAAGCUUCUGUCAGGCGGGUUCUCGAAGGCGGGCAAGCUAGACCCGCUGAAAGUGCCAGUGAUCAAGGUGGACCAGUCCGAAGGGAACACCAGCUACCGAGUAAUCCUUCGGAACGUAGAAAUCACGGGAUUGAACGAAUCGACUCUGGACAGCAUCCACAUAGCUCGAGGUCGUCUGAAGUCGAACCUCAGUGAACUCGAGGCUGGCUACGUGAGCUACAGCGACUUGAGAGACCUGGACUCGAUCAGAUACAGGUUCCACACGUUGAUCAAGGAGCCUAAGGAGCAGAACGAAAGCUUCGAGGCCAUCGUCUCCGCCGCGGGGAAUCAGGGGAACAAGUUCGUGGCCAGCGCCAGAGAGCAAGAGAGCCGCUUCGAGAGACUCAGACAGUACGAUCCCUUCCUCAUGAAGAUCCAAGCGGAGAAAAUGAAGGAGCCGGCGGUCGAUCGUGCUCAGAGUAAUCGUAAAUCGAACCGGGAGCCGGACUUUCCUACGUACAACAUGGAGAACGCGAAAGUCCUCUCGAAAUCGGACACCACGCGAAUCAUAGAGAAUCUGAGGUAUCCCGCGGACGUUCAACUGAUGUACGCGAUGGGCGCGAUGAACACUGGACUGAAUUCGAGGAAUUACGAGCAGCAGGAGAGUUACGACAGGUCUAGAUCGGGCUCUUACAACAGUCGGAGCAGAGAACGCGAGGAACAGAGUUAUAGAGGAGACGAGAAUUUCGGUAGUAGAAGGACCGAGGAACGUUACAGGGACGUUGAGACUUCAGCGUCUGAGAACGUAGAGAGUAGAGUGACUGGCCAGAGGUUUGUUCCCGGGCAGAUCAGCAGGGAACAGGCAUAUGGUGGAGAGUCGAGGCGUCUGGAGAAGCAACCGGGUUACAUCGAUAUCGUUUACGCCGAUGGGAACCGUAAUGGCGGCGUGAGACGCUUUGGGAAUGACAGGAUCGAGUCCAGGAAAGAUGCGAGAGUAUUCGGUGUGAAGGAUACAUCGAAGGAUAUCCUCGAGAGCAGACGAGUUAUUAGUGGCAAUUGUACCGACGGAGAAUCCUUGUCGAAGAGAAACGAUGCAGUCAAGGCGGCCAUACAGGCAAAAAGGUUGGACGGUUUGUCUAGAUACGCGAAGAACUACCAAGAGAAUCAAGGAUACUUCGAGGAAGGGAUGCAGCUGGUUUAUCAUUAUGGCGGGAUGAAUGGGACGAAGCCUGAAGGAGGGAAGUUCCCUCAAGGAGCUAGACAGAAGCGUGCUCACAGAGGGAAUGAUACCGAUGACGACGUGAUGCACGUAAUCAUGAAAAUCAGAAUUCCUCUGCUUCGCGUGAAAUCUGAUUAUUAUCUGAUGGGUAAGGUUGGCCAGGAACUGGUGAGAGGGAACGGCAAGCUCAAUGGCAACUUCACUGAUGUGGUUAGCGAUUUCACAAUCGAAUUGAAAAAAUCCAGUGGACAGAAUGGGUUGAUUGUUCGCGCAGCGAGAAGCAAGUUGAAUUCCAGGAAGCAAAAUGUCUCUUUCGAGGGAAUGAACGAACAGGGGCCACUGAAAUCCAUUCUCAGUCAUGGUUUGAUGGCUGCGGAGGCGGUUGCCGCGAUGCUCGCCGACGACCUGGCUACCAAGGCCCUCAACGACAAAACAGCGGACGCGAUGAUUUACAGAAUGUACAAAAACCUUCCGGUCAAUUAAUUCCGGUGUCGAGGACAACAUCUGUCGUUCAACUGGACUUUUGUAACUCCCACAGGUUAUACGUAUAUUGUGCAACGUUGGUUGUCGUAUAGUGCUCAAAAUAAUUCUUUCUCUAGUAGGACGAUUUAUCGCAAUCUUGGCGAUUUGGAAUUGAAAUUUGAACCUUUGAACAUUUAUAUUUAAAUUGGUUUGAAAAUUUAUAUUUAAAUUGGUUUGAAAGUCAGUUUGAGAGUUAAAUAAUUGAAUCGAGAAUUUCUUAAUCGAGGUGGUUUAUUAUAUAGAAGAAUAAUUGAAAUGGAAGGUUAUUUGUUAGUUGGUAUUUAUCAAGAAGAAACUUUUGCAACCACACUGUUUUUGAAAAUUUGUUUAAAGCGUGAGGAUUUAUGAGAUUUAAGAAUAUCUCAGCAAUAGAAAGAUGGAUACAAUUAUUUUGAGAAGAAUUAUUUUUUAAAUUUAUUAAAUUUCAGCAAUUUGGUGAUCUUGGAGAAGAUGAAUACUUAUUGCAAGGAUAAGUAAUAGGGGAUGAGAUUGAUUAUUAUUUUGAGCAGUAUACGAGAUCAAAUUGCUUGCACUGAAUUUCAUUCAAUAAUUGCUGAAACGUUUAAAGAAAUUGAUUUCUUUAAUCAAUCUCUUGACUUUUAAUCAAUAAUUGCAUGCACUCGUUUAUUUACUUAUUUAUUUACCUUUGUUGGUUUCAUCUAUUUAUCGAGUGUAACAUUGAAGAAUUAUUAACUCGUUAAUAAUUAGUAACAUUACAUUUUACUUUAUUUUGUAUAACUGUAUGUAGGUAACUGUACUAGUAUAAAAUUUCAUGCAUAUAUUUAUUGCACACAUGUUUGACGUUACAUACGCUUAUUACAAAUAUCUUAUAUGUAUACUGUAAAUCAUUCUAGUUUAAUUCGUAGAACUUGUGCUUAAGUCAUCAAUCAUUUCCUCCCCUCAGAAACACUAUUUUAAUGAAAUCAUUUCUCGAAAGAGAAUUCUUCAAACUUUCCGGGACAUUUGAAUUUCAAUUCUCUUUCAAGAAAUUUUUUUUUUUUUCAAAUCAUUUUCCCAAAGAAACAUGUUUCAGGGAUAUUUGAAGUUUCUUGAGAGUUUUCAGACCAUGACAAAUUCAAGUGAUUCCUCUUUAGAAUCCAAUUAAUUAUGAUGUUUCGUCCAAUUCGUCUAUCGUUUAAC